AUGGCGACGUUGAAGUUAGCCUCACUUCCAGCUCAAUGGCACCAAUGGCUUCGCUACGUUCGACCCGAACCCCCAUCCAUCCAAGAACAGCAAGAAGAUAUCCUGAGGCGGCAAAGAAUCCUGUUACUGGCAGAUAUGCAGAAAAAGAAAUGGGAGGCUGAACAAUCCCGUUUGGAUGCGCCGGCAACACAACAACCAGGACCUGCAACGCAAACAAGCGACCCGACAUUGAGUGCCGCCUCUGAUGCACCGGGAUCAGGACCUAAGGCCCAGGCGAAUGACCUGGCUCAGGGCAAAGCAUCAGCCAAAGAGGAUCCCUUCUUUCGGCCCAAGGAUGCACCAGGUGAGAAGUGGCAGCCUGAAUCAUGGACCCCUACGCCGUCUAAGAGGUGA